AUGUCCAGUAUGGGCUUCCAUCAUGAACUCCACAUCGCCUCCUUGGCCGUCCAACGCGCCAGCAUCGUGACCAAACACAUGCAAUCCGUCCAGGACAAAGGAUCCCGCGACAAAGAGGACGCAUCGCCCGUGACUGUGGCUGAUUUCGCGGCGCAGGCGAUCCUGAUCGGGAUCGUGAAGCACCAUUUCCCGAAUGACCAUGUCAUCGGCGAGGAGUCUGCUUCAGCUCUGCGCCAGGAUCCGGGUCUCAUUAAGCGAGUUUGGGAACUCGUUACUCUUGGUCUUGAUGGAGUCGACGACCAGAAGGAACACGAUGAGAUUCUUCAGACCAUGCCUUCUUCUCCGGAUGAAAUGCUCGAAAUGAUCGACCUGGGUGGAGCUGGUGGGCACGAGGAUGAUAUGACUCGUGCUUGGAUUUUGGAUCCUAUCGAUGGUACGAAGACCUUCGUCCGUGGACAACAGUAUGCUGUGUCUCUUGCGUUGGUGGAAGAUGGAGAGCAGAAGUUGGGCGUGGUCGGGUAUCCGAACAUGGCGUAUAGCGAUGCCACUUCUGCGGAACGGCUGAUGAUGACGGAGGACGGUGUCGAUGUCACCGGGUAUGGGACCCUGUUGUCCGCCGUCAAAGGUCAAGGGGCAUUCCAGCGUCCUAUGACGGGUGGUAUGUGUCUUCACAUGGCGGAACCGCUCAUCCAGUCUAGCGUCAACAAGACCGAGCUGGUGUUUGUCGAGGCCACUGCUAGUCCCUACAUCGCUCAGGACAAACAUGCCGCCAUCCGUGCCCAGUUGCAGGCCACCGCUCCCUUCGUCGACCUGUGGUCCAUGCAGACUAAGUAUGGCGCUCUCAGUGUCGGCGCCGGUAAUGCCAUGGUGCGUAUCCCCCGUGAGAAGGACUACUGUCCCUGGGUGUGGGAUCACGCUGGUGGUAUGUUGGUCUACGAGGAAUCCGGCGGGAAGCUCACCGAUCUCGAUGGACGUCCCUUUAACUAUGCCCGUGGACGACGCCUGAUGGACAACUUCGGCGUCGUGGCUACCUUGCCUCAAUUCCAUGACCGCCUGUUGGAGGUGGCUCGUCAGUUCUUGGACUAA